CUCAGCCCAUACUAGCGAUUGCGCAGCCAUUGAGCGUCGCAUGAGCUGCACACGACGUUCGCUACAAUGAAUUCGGCCGCCCAGAUGCGCGCUUUAAGGGUGCGACCCUCAAUCGCCCGCUGCCGCCCUUCCUAUCGCCCGUUUCAAUACCCCACGCGACGUGCCUCGACAGAAACGACAACAGCCACCGCGGCUGCAACUAAUGUGCACUCAGCCAGCACACGCACGAAAAACCUCGUCUAUGGCACCGUCCUGACUCUCGGUCUCUCUUUCGGCUACCUGUAUGUCACAGAUACGCGAGCGAGCAUUCACGAAUGGCUCAUCGUCCCCGCGCUGCGACAAAUAUAUCCCGACGGCGAAGAGGCGCAUCAUGCCGGAACACGCAUGCUCAAAGUGCUCCAUAGCUUUGGUUUGAACCCCAGAGAACGCGGAGUGGCAGACUCGGCCGGAGAUCUAGCCGUCGAAGUCUUCGGACACACCUUGAGCAAUCCGAUUGGCACCUCAGCUGGUGUUGAUAAGGGUGCUGAAAUACCGACGCCAUUGUUUGAGUUGGGAGCAGGAAUUGUCGAGGUUGGAGCCAUCACAUUACUACCGCAAGAGGGCAAUCCGAAGCCGCGAGUUUUCAGGCUGCCCAGCCAGAACGCGCUGAUCAACCGUUAUGGAUUCAACUCCGAGGGCGCGGAACUGGUGGCUACGAGACUUCGCCAGCGUGUCAGGGAGUUUGCAUAUCAUGCUGGACUUGGCUUGGAUGAAGACGCGGAGCGUAUAGUGCUCAAUGGCGAAGCUGGUGUGCCGCCAGGUUCGCUAUUGGCGGGACGACUUAUGGCUGUGCAGGUCGCAAAGAAUAAGACCACUUCCGAGAGCGACAUCGACGCUGUCGUGCGUGACUACGCGACUGCUGUGGGACAUGUUGGAAAAUACGCCGAUAUUCUGGUCGUCAACGUCUCGUCCCCAAAUACACCCGGAUUACGCACCCUACAGAAUGUCGAGCCUUUAACGCGACUACUUUCCGGCGUUGUACAGGCGGUGAAGAAGAUCGACCGUAAGACUAAGCCUGCCAUCAUGGUCAAAGUCAGCCCAGAUGAAGACUCAGUAGAGCAAAUUUCCGGUAUUUGCGAAGCAGUCUGGGACUCCGGCGUCGACGGUGUUAUCGUCGGCAACACAACGAAGAAACGCCCUGACCCAUUUCCCAAGGGCUAUUUACUCCCAGAAUCAGAAGCAAAGCUACUACUCGAGCAAGGUGGAUACUCAGGUCCACAAAUGUUCGAGCGCACCCUAGCAUUAGUGAGUAAAUACAGGAAAGGUUUGGAUGAGGGGCCGAAGCAAAUACCUCCACCAGACAAGCCCGUCGCCAAUCAGACUACAGGUGAUGAGCCAACGUCAAGUAAUCUAGAAACAUCCCAGUCCUCAUCCUCGACAUCAUCCUCAGGCUCAUCGAAGACAACCACAACACUUGAUCUCGACCAGCCUGCCGCACUCUCCUCUAAUGUGGACGAUCUAUCAGAGUCCGCACCUACACUCACCCUCCAAUCUACACCAAACAUAGUGCCAGCCCCUUUAGCCCCUCGCAAAGUAAUUUUUGCCACUGGUGGUAUUACAAAUGGACGACAAGCGAGAGAGGUUCUAGAUGCUGGGGCCAGUGUGGCGCAAGUAUACACAGCUAUGAUAUACGGUGGUGCGGGUACGAUCAGUAGGAUAAAGGAGGAAAUGAGGGAUGAAGCCAAGAGUCAGUCCACGAUCACGAAGCGAUGAUGGGCGAUCUGGCGGUAGGAUGGCAGGGGUUGUAUAUAACAAUGUAUGUGAUAUUAAAUAUCGUUCACGUGUAUUCUUUGUAUAUAUGGAGCGUUGAGGUGCAGCGCACGUUGUCAUUCUAGCAAUGAGUUAUCCCGUCCGGAGCACUUUUGCGCACGGAGCCUCAGAGCUAGAAAGCAAUCAGUUUAUCAUUCACAGAACAGAAAUGUGAUGUUGACAAUCAAAUAAAAAGAUUCCAGAGGAAAGCAGUCACG